UCGCCGCCGCGCCAUUUUGCCGGGGUUUGAAUGUGAGGCGGAGCGGCAGCAGGGGUGGGUAGUGCCGGCUACAGUUCGCGACUGAGAUUCCCUUCUCCGUUCCCGUAUCCCCAAGAGAUGUAAGGACUCAGGAAUGGUUCUCUAAUGUGGAGGAAAUAUCUAAGGAAAAGGCACAGAUCUUGGAUCAGCUUAUGUCACAGAUGUCUGUCAGAUGGCCUUGGAAAUCAAAGUUUUUAUUCCAAAAGUCUUCAUCCAUAACUGAGGGCCUGUGGGAAGAGGCUAGACUUAGGUCCAGCCAUUCAUUCAACAAGAAGAACUUGGAAUUUAGAUAAGUCUCCCAUCACUGAUUUAUUGUGGUUCUAUGGCAAUGGAGCUCAGCGAUGCAAAUUUGCAAACACUAACAGAAUACUUAAAGAAAACUCUUGAUCCUGAUCCUGCCAUCAGACGUCCAGCUGAGAAAUUUCUUGAAUCUGUAGAAGGAAAUCAGAACUACCCACUCUUGCUUUUAACAUUGCUGGAAAAGUCCCAGGAUAAUGUUAUCAAAGUUUGUGCCUCAGUAACAUUCAAGAACUAUAUUAAAAGAAACUGGAGAGUUGUUGAGGAUGAACCAAACAAAAUUUGUGAAGCUGACCGAGUAGCCAUUAAAGCCAACAUAGUACACUUGAUGCUUAGCAGCCCAGAGCAAAUUCAGAAGCAGUUAAGUGAUGCUAUUAGCAUUAUCGGCAGAGAAGAUUUCCCUCAGAAAUGGCCUGACUUGUUGACAGAAAUGGUGAAUCGGUUUCAGAGUGGAGAUUUCCAUGUUAUUAAUGGAGUCCUUCGUACAGCACAUUCUUUAUUUAAAAGAUAUCGCCAUGAAUUUAAGUCAAAUGAGUUAUGGACUGAAAUUAAACUUGUUCUGGAUGCCUUUGCUUUGCCUUUGACUAAUCUGUUUAAGGCCACUAUUGAACUCUGCAGUACCCAUGCAAAUGAUGCUUCUGCCCUAAGGAUUCUUUUUUCUUCCCUGAUCCUUAUCUCAAAAUUGUUCUACAGUUUAAACUUUCAGGACCUCCCUGAAUUUUUUGAAGAUAAUAUGGAAACUUGGAUGAACAAUUUUCAUACCCUCUUGACAUUAGAUAAUAAGCUUCUACAAACUGAUGAUGAAGAGGAAGCAGGCUUAUUGGAGCUCUUAAAAUCCCAGAUUUGUGAUAAUGCUGCACUCUAUGCACAGAAGUAUGAUGAAGAAUUUCAACGGUACCUGCCUCGUUUUGUCACAGCCAUCUGGAAUUUACUAGUUACAACGGGUCAAGAGGUGAAAUAUGACUUGUUAGUAAGUAACGCAAUUCAGUUUCUGGCUUCAGUUUGUGAGAGACCUCACUAUAAGAAUCUGUUUGAGGACCAGAACACGCUGACAAGUAUCUGUGAGAAGGUUAUUGUGCCUAACAUGGAAUUUAGAGCUGCUGAUGAAGAAGCCUUCGAAGACAAUUCUGAGGAGUACAUAAGAAGAGAUUUGGAAGGAUCUGAUAUUGAUACUAGACGCAGAGCUGCUUGUGAUCUAGUACGAGGAUUGUGCAAGUUUUUUGAGGGACCUGUGACAGGAAUCUUUUCUGGUUAUGUUAAUUCCAUGCUGCAAGAAUAUGCAAAAAACCCAUCUGUCAACUGGAAACACAAAGAUGCAGCCAUUUACCUAGUGACAUCUUUGGCAUCAAAAGCCCAAACACAGAAGCAUGGAAUUACACAAGCAAAUGAACUUGUAAACCUGACUGAGUUCUUUGUGAAUCACAUUCUCCCUGAUUUAAAAUCAGCUAAUGUGAAUGAAUUUCCUGUCCUUAAAGCUGAUGGUAUCAAAUACAUUAUGAUUUUUAGGAAUCAAGUACCAAAAGAACAUCUUUUAGUCUCUAUUCCUCUCUUGAUUAAUCACCUUCAAGCUGAAAGUAUUGUUGUUCAUACUUAUGCAGCACAUGCUCUUGAGAGGCUGUUUACCAUGAGAGGGCCUAACAACACCACUCUCUUUACAGCCUCAGAAAUCGCACCGUUUGUUGAGAUUCUGCUAACAAACCUUUUCAAAGCUCUCACACUUCCUGGCUCUUCAGAAAAUGAAUAUAUUAUGAAAGCUAUCAUGAGAAGUUUUUCCCUCCUACAAGAAGCCAUAAUCCCCUACAUCCCCACCCUCAUCACUCAGCUUACACAGAAGCUUUUAGCUGUUAGUAAGAACCCAAGCAAACCUCACUUUAAUCACUACAUGUUUGAAGCAAUAUGUUUGUCCAUAAGAAUAACUUGUAAAGCUAACCCUGCUGCUGUUGUAAAUUUUGAGGAGGCUUUGUUUCUCGUGUUUACUGAAAUUUUACAAAAUGAUGUACAAGAAUUUAUUCCAUACGUCUUUCAAGUGAUGUCUUUGCUUCUGGAAACACACAAAAAUGAUAUCCCGUCUUCUUAUAUGGCCUUAUUUCCUCAUCUCCUUCAGCCAGUGCUUUGGGAAAGAACAGGAAAUAUCCCUGCUCUAGUGAGGCUUCUCCAAGCGUUCUUAGAACGCGGUUCAAACACGAUAGCAAGUGCUGCGGCUGACAAAAUUCCUGGGUUAUUAGGUGUCUUCCAGAAGCUAAUUGCAUCCAAAGCCAAUGACCACCAAGGUUUUUAUCUUCUAAACAGUAUAAUAGAGCACAUGCCUCCUGAGUCAGUUGAUCAGUACAGGAAGCAAAUCUUCAUUCUACUAUUCCAAAGACUUCAGAAUUCCAAAACAACAAAGUUUAUCAAGAGCUUCUUAGUCUUUAUUAAUUUGUAUUGCAUAAAAUAUGGGGCGCUGGCACUGCAAGAAAUAUUUGAUGGCAUACAACCAAAAAUGUUUGGAAUGGUUUUGGAAAAAAUCAUUAUUCCUGAAAUUCAGAAAGUAUCUGGAAACGUAGAGAAAAAGAUUUGUGCGGUUGGCAUAACGAAAUUACUAACAGAAUGUCCCCCAAUGAUGGACACAGAGUAUACCAAGCUAUGGACUCCUUUAUUACAGUCUCUGAUUGGCCUUUUUGAGUUACCUGAAGAUGAUACCAUUCCUGAUGAAGAACAUUUUAUUGACAUAGAAGAUACACCAGGGUAUCAGACCGCCUUCUCACAGUUGGCAUUUGCGGGGAAAAAAGAGCAUGAUCCUGUAGGUCAGAUGGUGAACAAUCCCAAAAUUCACCUGGCACAGUCACUUCACAAGCUGUCUACUGCCUGUCCAGGAAGGGUUCCCUCGAUGGUGAGCACCAGCCUCAAUGCGGAAGCGCUCCAGUAUCUCCAAGGCUACCUUCAGGCGGCCAGUGUGACACUGCUUUGAACUGCGUUUUCCAGAUUGGCUAAGCCAACAGUGGUUUCUGAGGAAAUCACAUAGACGUCUGAGCACAGCUGCAUUAAAGCAAGUUUUUCUUUUGAACUUGUCACAAAUUCCAUCUUGUAAAGAAUAUUAAAUGUUGCUUUAAGCUGAACCUUGAGCAAAUUAGGUGGUUUGUGUGAUCAUGAAUAGAAGUGGGUGACUUUCCAGUUUGCAGCUUCCAGGGACAAGUAUUAGUUCAGUAUAUGAUCAUGAGUUGAGCAUUUGCACUGUUGUUGGGAUAACUUUAAAAUUCUGAUGGACACUGAGCGUGGAGACUUUUUUCUGUUACUAAAUUGUUUUGAGGCAUUGCCAUUUGUGUUUCUCUCUUUUGUAUUUUUGUCUGUUUCCAUAAGCUUUUAUUGGAAAUGUGAAUAAGUAAAGAAUCACUGGUGUAACUUGCCAAGAAAUGCACAUUUCAUAGUUUUAAAUCUAAUCCGAAGUUUUUUUUUUU